CCGGGGUUGCUAGGCAACGGGUAAACUCCGCGACUGCGAGCCGUUUGAGAAGCGCUAGAGCCGGGACCGCGGCUCCGGCGCGUCCCCAUUGUCCGAGCAGAGGGAGGAGCGGAGAGAGGGAGCCGGCUGUCUGGCAGCAAUUGUCUUUGAAAGGAGGAGACAGGCAGCCCGUAACUGCCGGAGUCGAGCAGCCUUGCGUGGGAGCCCUGGACAGCAGCCUCGUUGCCCAUCAGAGCGGUGGCAGAGGGGGCGAGUUGAAUUGAAGCACCUGGCACCAUGGAGAUCGUGUACGUGUACGUCAAGAAGCGCAGCGAGUUCGGGAAGCAGUGCAACUUCUCGGAUCGCCAGGCUGAGCUGAACAUUGACAUCCCGCCCAACCCCGACCUGGCCGAGCAGUUCAUAGAGCGGAACCCCGUGGACACGGGCAUCCAGUGCUCCGCGAGCAUGUCGGAGCAUGAGGCCAACACGGAGCGGUUCGAGAUGGAGACCCGAGGGGUAAACCAUGUUGAGGGAGGGUGGCCCAAGGAUGUGAACCCCCUGGAGCUGGAGCAGACGAUCCGCUUCCGGAAGAAAGUGGAGAAGGACGAGAACUACAUCAAUGCCGUCGUGCAGCUCGGCUCGGUCAUGGAGCACUGCAUCAAGCAGAACAACGCCAUCGACAUCUACGAGGAGUAUUUCGACGACGACGAUGCCGUGGAGGUGACUGAUGAGGCCCCUUCAGCUAAAACCAUCAACGUUUUCAGGGAUCCCCAAGAAAUCAAGCGGGCAGCCACACACCUCUCCUGGCACCCCGAUGACAACAGGAAGUUGGCAGUGGCAUACUCUUGCUUGGAUUUUCAACGGGCACCGGCGGGCAUGAGUUAUGACUCAUACAUCUGGGACCUGGAAAACCCCAACAAGCCUGAAAUUGCCCUGAAGCCAUCUUCUCCUCUCAUCACCUUGGAGUACAACCCCAAGGAUUCCCACAUCCUCCUGGGAGGAUGCUACAACGGGCAGAUCGCCUGUUGGGACACCCGAAAGGGCAGCCUGGUGGCAGAGCUGUCCACCAUCGAGUUCAGCCACCGAGACCCUGUGUACGGCACCAUCUGGCUGCAGUCCAAGACGGGCACCGAGUGCUUCUCAGCGUCCACAGAUGGGCAGGUCAUGUGGUGGGACAUCCGAAAGCUAAGCGAGCCCACAGAGGUGGUGAUCAUGGACAUCACCAGAAAGGAGCUGCUGGAAAAUGCCUUGGGGGCCAUUUCCCUGGAGUUUGAGUCGACUUUGCCGACCAAGUUCAUGGUGGGCACAGAACAGGGCAUCGUCGUCUCCUGCAACCGCAAGGCAAAGACGGCAGCCGAGAAGAUCGUAUGCACCUUCUCGGGGCACCACGGUCCCAUCUAUGCCCUGCAGAGGAACCCCUUCUACCCAAAGAACUUCCUGACUAUUGGCGACUGGACGGCCCGCAUCUGGUCUGAAGACAGCCGGGAAUCAUCCAUCAUGUGGACCAAGUACAACAUGGCCUACCUCACCGACGGUGCCUGGAGCCCGGUGAGGCCAGCGGUUUUCUUCACCACCAAGAUGGACGGAACCCUGGACAUCUGGGACUUUGCGUUCAAGCAGUGCGAUCCAGCCCUCAACCUGAAGGUGUGUGACGAGGCCCUCUUCAGCCUGCGCGUGCAGGACAACGGGUGUCUCCUCGCCUGCGGCUCCCGGCUGGGGACCACCACCCUGCUGGAGGUCUCCCACGGGCUCUGCACCCUCCAGAGGAACGAGAAGAACAUAGCUUCCUCCAUGUUUGAACGCGAGACCCGGCGGGAGAAGCUCCUGGAGGCGAGGCACCGAGAGAUGCGGCUGAAGGAGAAAGGCAAGGCCGAGGGCCAGGAGGAGGACUCGAAGGGGGGCGAGCCCGCCGUCAACCUGGAGGAGCUGCUCCGCGCGGCCGAGCAGGAGUUCUUCGACGUCAUCUUCGCAGAGCUGAGGAAGAGGGAGGCGGAGGCCGUGAAGAAGAAGCCAAAGUCGGCGGGGUCCGAGAAGCGAAGUCUGGAGAUGGGUGAAGAGAUGGAGGAAGAUGAUGGAGGAGAGGCAGAAGGGAGUCAAGAAGAGACAUUUGCCUAGAAGCAGCCUUGGGCUGCAGCCCUUCGCUCACCUGCCUCUGCUCCCCACCUGCUGGUUUUGCUCUGGUCUUACAAGUGGGGGCUGAGCUCCUCCCUUAGAGCUUUCCUAGGGAGGGAUCGGGGGAGGCUGGGAGAGCACCCAGGCCCCCGGCAAGCCCUUUUUCCCACAAAUUGUUGGCCCCCAUGGACUCACUGCAGUGAGCCCCAAGCAGCCCCUGGGAGGAAGACGAGAGGCAGGCUUAUCCCAGAGCCAGCUCCCCAAGGCCAACUCCACACGGAGCCCACACAGCCUUCCAGCUGGCCCAGGGGAUCCCCUUGAUUCAGCAACUCGAGGACCUCCCCAACAAUCAUUUUCCCUCACACGCUCACGAAGCCUCAGCUGGACUCAGCAGGGCUUGGGAAAGACUCAUGAUGGGGAAAAGGGGUUCUCCUUCCACCAUGCUGACCCUCUCCCUUCCGCAUACGAAUUGGAAACAGAGAAAGUUCCAUCCACUGAUAAAACAUUGUUCAAAGUCACUCCA